CUCAAGCGGAAAGGUAAUAUGGCGUAUAACGAAAUAGUGUACAAAGUCUAUUUGUCCCAAAAUACAGAGUUUAAGCACCCAAUUUAACGAGUAUAUACUUAUAUAGUAACCCAACUAUGUUUGGACGAUGAAAAUAACCACAGUGACAAAAUGCGUGAAACAAGAAAUAGAUCAGGAACUGAUAGUACUCCAACUUCAACCACUUCUAAAAGUACUACUAGACGAACAAGAGAAUCUCAAGAUGUUACUAAGACAACACCAGGAAGAGGUCGGCCAAGAAACGCUGACCAGACUACACCUGCACAAAAAGUUAGACGGAAUUCUACAAGUACCGGUACUGAUGAUGUGUCUGGUCAGAACUCCACUUCAAGAUCAUUGAGAUCAGGUGUAAGUCCACCACCUUCGACUUCUAUGAAAGAUGAUUUACAGGUUUCUCAAUUAAAACCUACAAGUAAAAGAAAGAGAAAUGGAAGAGAUUCUACAUCACCUAAUAUUAGUAUUGAAGGCUCUGAAUCAAGUCCAACCCAGAAAAAAUCUAAAUCAUCUGAUCCUACCCCAGUUACAUCAAUAUCAGGGAUUAGAAAUUGUACAGAGACAGAUAGUGGUAAAAGAACAGCAGAUGAAGCACAUAUUGAGUUUACUCAAACCACAUCUAGUAGUAACACAAAGAUAUUAAAAUCAACUGAUAACACAAGUAGUAGUAGUACAGAUAAAAGUAAAGACAAUGACAAUGAAGAAACACCUAUUUCUGGUAACAGUGAUGAGAAGUCUACAGAAUCAACUCAAGAUAAAGUUCCUAGAUCUAGAGGUCGUCCACGAAAGUCUACUAAUACUCCAGAUCUUCAAAUUGUACCAAAGUCUAAGCCCUCACUUGUUACCCUGAAUAAUGAAAGCAAUACUUCAUCACCACGUCGAAGUAGUCGCAGUUUUGUACCCAACAGAAAAUUUCAGGAUUUGGAUGUAGAAGCACCCAAGAAGAAAAAAAAGACUCAUAUUGUGACUGUUAAAAAAGAACAUAUUCCAGAAAUACACAAUACAGAUAAUCAAGAUUCUUCACAGAAUGAGCUAACAGUAAAAGAGGAUUUUGCUAAAGAAGAAAUUUUAUCUACAAGUGUUAGAGAAGAAGAAGUAGAAACUCCAGUAGGAAUUAAGUCUAUUAGUGAUAUAAAUAUAGCUUCAGAUGAAACAGUAGUAAGGAAAGUAAUAGAUUCUACAAAGUUAGCAAACCAAAGUAUGAAAACUGGAGAAACUAUAUCUGAUACUAAGACAAGUGAAACCCCACCAUCAAGCGUUCAAUGGACUGAAAGUCGUCAUGCAGUAAAAUCUGUAACUUAUGUAAAAGGAAGAAAAACUACUGAGGUCAUGGUUUAUCCACCAAACAAAGUAACAGCUCCAGCACUGUCCGAUAAAGCAAAUAGCACAAUAAGUCAAUUGUCUUCAAAAGCAACGGUUGAGUCCUCUAAUCUAAUUGAAACAUCAAGUAAUUUAAAAGCAAAUGAGAUGCUAUUUAAAGCUAUUACAGGAUCUGUUAAACCAUCUACAACAAGUACUAUAUCAUCAGUUUAUCAAACAUCAGAUACUGCACAAAAUAAAACAGAUUCUUGGAAAGGUAAUUCCAAGCUAAAGACAGCCCUAUUAGACAAUGAGCCAGAGAAAAUAAACAAGAUUAAAGAAAUUGACAGUGAGGCAAAAGACAUUGCUAUGUCAUCUAAAGAUGUUGCUAUGCUGUCUAAAGACGUUGCUAUCACAUCUAAAGCUAUCACCUCUAAAGAAGUUGCUAUCUCAUCUCAAGAAGUUGCCAUCACCUCUGAAGAAGUUACCAUCUCAUCUAAAGAAUUUACUAAUGAAACACAAGUUGACCUCAAAGCAGACGCUGCGAAGUGUGAUGCAAUAGAUGAUGAGAGUAAUAUGAUUACUAUAGAAAGUGAUGAGAAUAAUGCUGAGAAUGAUAUGAAAAAUACUGGGAGUGAUGUGAAAAAUACUGAGAGUUAUGAGAAAGAAGUUAGCAAUGAAGAGAAAGAUGGUACAGGAACAUUAAUUAAACAAUCAUUAGCUUUAUUAGAUACAAGUGAAGAUGAAAAUAUAAUUAUUGAUACACCUGUAUGUACACCUAGUACUUCAUCAGAUUCAAAACCAUUUAAACCAGGUAAAAUUGUGCGACCAGUUACUUCUGUAGAUCGCACUAUCUGUGUUAGUGUUGCUGGUAAAUCUGACAAAAAUAACGACACACUUCGAAACGUAAUGGUGAAAAUACCAGGUGAUUGUUCAGGAUCACCUCUACAACAGACAUCAGAAGACAUUAGUUCCGCAGUGAAGUUUUACCCAAAGCAGCCUGCUAUUCCUAUUAAACCAAUUAAAAUAUCUUAUAAGCAGAUGCCAAUCAAGACUAUCAUGCCACCACCUACAGGUACUUGUCAAAAGAUUCUUCAAUCUCCCAUGGAACAAGCAGUUAAACCAUCUGAUGACACAACGCAAAUCGUGAUAGAAGAUCCCUGUGAAACUAACACCUCAGUUGACACACGGUCGAUCGAUAAUAUGGCUACUCUACAAUCUAAGGUAAUUAUCAAAACAUCAAACCAAACCCUUCAAUCAACAUUUGGUAGCUUUGAUCCAGGAUCUAAUAUAAUCAAAGUGGAGUAUGAUACAGAUAAAACCCAUGUGUCGGCUGAAACUCAAACACCCACUUGUAAUAUGGGAAAAAAAGAGAAUAAAUACAAGAAAGUUUUCCGUGAGAUAGGAAGUAAAAAGAUAAUAGAUGUUGAUAAUGUGGCUGAUAAUCAGAAUGUACAAGGUGAAGAAGUUAUAAUGGUAGAACUACCUGAAGGUGCCGAGAUCAAGAGAGAAAUAGUUACAGAAGAAAAACUAGAACAUCCAGAGUUUGUUACAAUAGAUGAACAUGGUUUAUAUCAAUGUAAAUUUUGUUCUUAUGCUACAUACAAGAAAUCAAAUUGGUACAAGCAUAAAAGUAAACAUUUAGCAAUGAGAAGUCAUCAGUGUCCUCACUGUUCAUACCGUGCUGCUACCAGUAGUAAUCUGAAACGUCAUGUAGCAAUACAUUCUGAUGUAAGAGACUUUCAUUGUAAUAUCUGUCAACUCAACUUCCGGCAGAAGAUACAUCUAGAAAGACAUCUCAAGUAUAAACACCAGGAGAAAACUGUACAGUGUCCAUUGUGUCCAUAUGUAUGUGCAAAUGAAAAUCCUGAUCUAAAAGUACAUAUUAGAAGACGCCAUAUGCCUAUGGAAUCAAUGAAUGCUUACACGUGUGAAGAAUGCGGUCUAGUUACAGUCAGUAAAAAAGAUCUACGUCAACACAUGAAGUUUCACAGAAAGGGACCUGAAUUAAAACUCUUCUGUGAACACUGUAGCUUUGUCACUGAUUGUGAGAGUCGACUUAGACGCCAUCUUUUUAUUCACACAAAAGAGAAACCCUUUCAAUGUGGGCUAUGUGAAUAUAAAGGUUCACAGAAGGAACAUGUUUUACGUCACAUGAAAUCACAACACAACAUUGAAAUAGAAAGAGAGAGAUCCUAUCGUCGAUCACCCAGUUCAUCAUUUGAAACUGAUUCCACUCAGGAAGUGGUUAUAAGUAAUUCUAAUGAGAAAGCUGACUAUUCAAGUGAAGAGAAAAUAUUCGCAUGUAAUCACUGUACUAUGAAAUUUUCAAAACUGAUCAAUUUGUAUAAACAUCUUCAUACUCAGCAUAGAGGUGUGAUGCCUGAUUGUAGUGAGGAGUUUACUUGUGUUGUUUGUGAUUUUAGGACCAAUAACAAGAAAAACUUGUUAGUUCAUAUGCGUAAGCACAAUACUCAAGACCAAAGUCCACCAUCACAUGUUUAUUCCUGUGUUCUUUGUCGCUAUAUAAAUCCUAGAAGACGAAACUUAUUCCAACAUAUGAAGAAGAAACACCAUAUUGAAAUUGUAAUGAAAGACGAUGGUUCAACAAAUUGUUUUGUAGCUGAUACGACAAAUGUUAGGGAGGACAGCAAUCAACAAAUGAUUGGCGGGAUUGGUGCAAGUGGUUCACAAAAUGCUGAUAUCGAAAUCAUCUCUGAUGGCGAUGGUUCCCUGAAUCUUCAUAAUGUUAUAUCAUUAGAAGAUAUUGCGAUGGUUGUUAGCAAUCCGUUAUCUAAUUCUAUCAAUACAGAUCCAAUUAGUGUAACUAACAUAACGUCUGCACCGUCGACAGUCACAUCGAUAACAGAACAUGAAGCAGCAGAAGCUAUAGAAGGUUUACAGGCUUUAGCUGAACAGGCUGGUUUAGUUGAAACAUUAGUUGAUAAUGUUAUAGAAGAACCAGUACAAGAUAUGGCUAUUACAGACGACAACCAGUUAUUGAUAGAUGAGAGCACCACGGAUACUAUAGUUAAACAGGAAGUAUCAACUGACCAAUCAGAUCAAAGUAUUCAAUUAAGUUCUGACCAGUUAUUGAAUUUAACGUCUGGCGAUUAUGUGGAAAUAAAUGGAGAAAUGUACAAAGUUGAAAUAUCUUCAGAAGAAAAGAAUGCUUCCAGAGAGGCCAAUUUAAUACUUACUGAAUAAAUUAAUAAUGUAUUAAAUAAGUGAAUAAUUUUCAGGAUGGUUUUCAACAUUGAAAUAAUUCUAUAAUGCAAUAUAGCAUUUAUUAAUAUUGAAUUUUGUAUUUUGUUAACAUGUGUAGUUGAUAUAAGUUAUUUAUUAUUACAUCAAAUGUUAAAUUGUAUAUUCCAUAUAUUAUUAUAAUAUUAGCUUCAUUUUUUGACUCCUUCUUGAAAUUAAUUGAAGUUACCUGAUAAUUCAUUAUCAGCAAAUUACAAAAACUGUUUAAUUAACGCUUUCUUGUUGGUGUGAAAAUGAAAUAUUAACACUCAUAAUCAAUGAUAAAUACUACAAUUACCAAAAAAGCUUUCUCUUUUUUAAAAAUAUUUAAAAAAAAAAUGGUUCCUGGUAAAGUUCACUUCUAUUUGCUGUUUAUGAAUUGCUUUAUUCAAGAAUGUCUGUAAUACAUAAUGUCUUCACAUUUAUAGUUCAAGCAUUUAUAUUUCACAUAAUAGUUCCCUAGUAUUAUUAUUUUGACUUGAAAGAUAUGUUGUUAUGAGAGUAGAAAAUGUAUAUCAAUAAUCAGGAUUCCGCUGAAUGUACCUUAAGCAUCUUGUGCAGUCAUUAUGUAAUCUAGGAUGCAAUAUAUGUAAUUCACCAUUUUAAACAUUAGCCCUGAUAGCAGACCGUCGUAAUAUGGUGAGGAUAUGAUUGCAUCGAUCAUAGCAGUUUAGUAGUUUAGUUAUAUCCUACAUGUAAUGGCCAUGUUCUUGCAUGUUAAAAAUACUUGUAAGUGUAAUUAUACUUACUUUUAUUAUAAAAAAACCAGGUGUAUAUAUAAUUUUAAGACCGGAAAUUUAUGCGACCUGAAGGGUGUCGAUAUCAAUGCAUAUUGAAAUUAAUGUAAUCUGCCAUUUAAAAUAACAGAUGGUGGCUUCUAUUACUUUUAUCAAAACAGUAAAUGACCAGUUAUCAUUGAUCACCAUUGAUUAGUUUUUUCAAUGGGUGUUAAUACUGAUUUUUAUCCGCCCACAUGUGGUUGUAUGUUGCCGUCGCCUCUGUCCGUUAUUAAGAUUAGUAAAACGAAGAAGCCUAUUGAAUUUCAGCAAUCUCCAUUACUUACUUCUAGAGUUAUGGCCCUUGUUUCACUUUGUUGAACCCCGUGUGAACUCUCAAAUGGCAAAAGUUAUCAUCCGAUCUGUAUUAAAUUUAAAUGUAUUAUUGAGAUUAGUAAAUUGAAGAAGGCUUUUGAAUUUAAACAAUUUCUGUUAAUUACUUCUACAGUUAUGGCCCUUGUUUCGCUUUGUUGAACAUUGGGUCUGUAUGUAAUUGAUAUCAUUGUCUUGUAAAUAUUCCUAUUACCUACAAAAGCAUAAAUAUGUGACAAACCUUGUCGACUGCUUGAAUGAUUUAGCUGCUGUGGGUAUAUGUUUUGUUGCCUGGCAACCUAUCUUAAUAAAAAUGUAGCAACAAUUCCACACUAUAUUUUCUUAUUUUACGGUAAAAGUGUUCCGUUGUCUUUAACUAAUUUUAAAAAAGUUGUAUAAAUUUUAUUGAUAGCCUGUUACAUUUGGAUCUAUGUCUCAGAAACAAAAAUAGGAUGAAAAUCAUGCCCUCUUCCCAGAAUACAUCACACUUUUGUCUUUUGAAAAGGUAAAAUCAAAUAGAAGAUAGAUUUUUACUGCAUUGUUCCAUUCUUUUGUUAAUUUUUGUAUUAUAAAAAUUGUCAAUAUUUGAUUAUUAAAUGCAAAAAACAUUUCUUGUUAGAUUAAUAUAUUCUUUAAU